AUUAUCCAUGCUCCAUUCAAACACUACAACUCCAUACGCUCUUUUAUCUAUUUCAACCAUAUUGAUACUUUCAGCCACUAUGGAUCCCAUCCCCAUCUUCACUGCCUCCAGACCUACCGACACACAGGACCCGCCGUUGCCCUACACGGCCUCUCCAUGGAGGCUACUUCUCAGUGACCUUAGACUGGCUAAGCAAUUCUACCGGCAUAUACCCCAGAUGUUUCGUCCGCUCAGGGAUUCGGACGGACCAAUAGCCGAAUUGAAUCUUACGUGGGAGAACCUUUGGGUUAUCCUGGUGCAUAUCAUUCUUAUAUUUUAUCAAGUCGGUUUCUUAAUAUCACUACCCGUUCUCAGUUUCUUUUGCCUGAUGCCAGCACCAUUUCUUCUGCCUUACAUCUGGUUGGCUUUCAAAGUGAAUAAGGUUAUUUGCAGGUGGACUUUGAACAGGGGGGACCGGAUUUUGCAUUCAACGUACAUGCUCCCGGAGAACCCCCCCUGGCCCCGGGAACAUGAACGUUGGAUUUUCCUGAAUGGAAUUGCAGUCGGAACCCACUGGAUGCAGAACAGCCUCAAUCGGCUUUCUCAGAUAUUUUUCCGGCCCGUCAGAGGAAUCCAUACUCCUACGGCGGGAAUCGUUUUCGAUUUAAUCAAGUGCCUAAUUCAAAGGAAUUUCUGCUAUGCGACGCAAGAUGUCCGGGAUGCGUACGAGAUCAUCAAAGAAACACUUUGGGACGACGGUUGCCACAAGUUGAUUCUCAUUGCUCACAGCCAGGGAGGCAUAGCGACAAGUCUUAUCGUGGACUGGCUUGUGGGUGAGAUCUCGCAGGGGCAUCUGCAGAAACUGGAAAUCUACACCUUUGGCAAUGCGGCCAAUCAUUUCAAUGAUCCACGCCGACUGUUUCCAGGAGAAGACGGCCGUGUCGGGGAGCCUCGGCCCAAAGACCGCGGACCUGCAGCCGGUCAGUACCAGAACGUUAGUCGUGUACUGCACGAACAGGGAGAGCAGCAAAUGGCAAACGUGGGAAGGGGCCGAGGAUUUUCGGUCCCGGAAAGGGGACAACAAACGGCUUCACCACGGCCACCCGCUCUCGAAGUAAUCGAAGUCGGCGCACCCAUGUGGCAACGCGCCCCAUUUAUUGAGCAUUACGCAAACUCAGACGACUUCGUGUGCCUGUGGGGAGUUAUACAUUUCAUCCGCAUGAGAAAUCGGUACCUUGGUCAUUUGUUUCUGAGGCAGAGUCCCGGCCACCUGUUUGUCCAGCACUACCUUGAUCCUAUGUUCCCCCUUGAUAAUGGGGAGGUGACAAUAGGAGUAAAUGAUUUCUUUCACUUGGUAGCAAUGGCACCCAUCAGUGCCUUGGAAAGUGAACGCUGUGGCUGGACUGAUCCGGGCUGGCAUCUCAGUCGCUUAUGGAGAUAUCGAAACGGCCGUUCGCCGUUGGAUCAUUAUGGACUCUGAGCAGGUCAUUGGCU